AUGCUGGACGCCGUCUUCCAGCCUAUCGCGGACGCCGCCGGCGCACCCGUCGACUACAUCAAACUCUUCACCUGUCUCCUCGCCGCCUUCCCCCUCGCCUCCGUCUUCCCGCACCUCCCCUCUCCUGCGUCCAAACACCUGUACAGCCUCCUCGUCUCGUUCACCUUCCUCGUGCCUAUCCUCAACCUCUACUCCGGCUUCCUGCAGCUCCUCGGCUCGGCACUGCUCACGUAUGCCAUCUGCACCUUCAAGCUCGGCGGGAAGAACAUGGGUUGGCUGGUGUUUGCGCUGCAGAUGGGACAUCUGACGUACAACCAUGCGGUGCGGAAGUUUGGUGGGAUCCCGCUUUCGACGAUCGAAAUCACGGCGAUGCAGAUGGUGGCGGUGAUGAACCUGACGACGUUUGCGUGGGACUGCUACGAUGGACAGGUGAGGACGGAGGAGCAGUGCGACGAGUCGCAGAGGAAGAGCAGGAUCACCAAGAUGCCGGGGUUGCUCGAGUUCUUGGGAUAUGCGUUUUACUUUCCCGGUGUGCUCAUCGGUCCAUCCACCCGCUUCGUCGAUUACCGAGCGUGGAGCACCGGAAAGCUCUUCGCCUCCCCGAAAGGCAAACAACCAGCCACCGCGCCCGUCCGUCUUCCCCGCGGUCGUCUCUCCGCCUCCCUCUUCCAGCUCUCUUCUGGUCUCGCCUUCAUGGCGAUCUACACCGUCUUCGCGCCCGCCUACUCGUACGAAAAACUCAUCGGUCUCCACGGCGGACUGUCGCACCUCUCGCCGCUGCGCAAACUCCUCUGGAUCCAGGUAGCAGGCUUCAUGGCGCGCACAAAGUACUACGGCAUCUGGUCGCUCACCGAUUCCGCCUGCAUAGUCUCCGGUCUCGGCUACAACGGGGGCGAUCGAUGGGAUCGCUGUCGCAACAUCGACAUUCCCAAGAUCGAGUUCGCCAACAACUGGAAGGAGCUGCUCGACGCGUGGAACAUGAACACCAACGUGUGGCUGCGCAACAACGUCUACAAGCGCAUCGCUCGGCCGGGCAAGAAGCCGGGUUUCAAGUCAACGAUGACGACGUUCUUCACGAGCGCGUUUUGGCACGGACUGGAACCGGGCUACUACAUGUCCUUCGUCCUGGCCGGGUUCAUGCAGAGCGCAGCCAAGAUGCUGAGACGUCAUGUCAGACCACUAUUCUUCUCCCAACCGAACGUACCCAACCCCACGUUCAGCAACGUUCUCACUUUUUCACCGGCGCAACUUGCGUAUUGCACAGCUAGCGUGAUCGUCUCCCAGAUCACGCUCAACUACGCGGUGGCGCCGUUCAUGCUGCUCGAAUUCAAAGCAUCGCUCGCCGGCUGGAAGGCCGUGUACUUCUACGGUCACGUGUUGACGUUCGUCGCCAUCGUAGCGUUCCAGAACGGGUUGGGCAAGACUUUGGAUAGGAAGAGGGGGAAGGUGGCGACCAAGAAACGCGAUGAGGUGGCGUUCGCGAGCGGCUUCACAACGGAUGCGGAUAGCGAUGCGGAGGGGGUGAGGAGGAGGGUGAAUGGGACGAGGAAGGAGAAGCUGCAUGAACAGGCCAAGGAGGUGAGUGCGUUGGCGCCGGAGCCCAUUUCGUGA